AUGACGCCUCAUCUCCUGCUGCAGCUCUUCCACAAAGAGCGCAAGUACGACCUCUUCCGGUACUGGGUGACCACCGAGGCAUCGGGCGACGAGAUUGCCCGGCUGUACGAGUCGAACCUGCGCGCCUUCCAGGCGGCCAACCCCGGGUCCAUGCGCGAGGUGGCCCGGCUGGCUCACAAGAUCGGGGAGUAUGUUCGCGACGGCGGGCACUACAACGAGGCCAUCCGCUUCUUCAACAUGGCCUGGCGCAUCAAGCGCGCGGAAUUCGGCGAGCACAGCGUCGAGGUGGCCACCACCAUGAACGAGCUGGGCCGGCUGUACUUCCGCCUUGGCCGCCAUGAUGAAACCCUGUACAUGUGGCGCAAGUCGCUGGAGAUCCGCGAGAUGACCCGCCAGGGGCAGGACGAUCAUGACAUCGCCAUUUCCCUCAACAACCUGGCUCUCAUCUACGAGAAGAUGGGCCGCUGGCAGGAGGCCGAACCGACCUACCUCCGGGCCCUGGAAAUCUAUCAGGCGGUGUCGGGUCCCGACCACCCGGACGUGGCCAUCACCUACCACAACCUGGGCCUGCUGUACAGCAACUACGACGCGCGCUUCGCCGAGGCCGAGGCCAUGUAUUUGCGGGCACUGGCCAUCAAGGAGCGCCACUACGGGCGCGACCACAAUGAGCUGGCCAUGACCCUCAACAACCUGGGGCUGGUGUUCAGCAAGAGCGCCCAGUUCAGCCGCGCGGCCGAGCUCUAUCGCAAGGCCAUCGAAAUCCGCGAGGUGAUUUUCGGCCCGGAGCACCCGGACAUCGCCCUCUUCUACUUCAACCUCGGGGUGUGCUACGGCAAGAUGAGCCGCCUGGACCGGGCCCGGCCCUGCCUCUUCCGCGCGCUGCGCAUCCGCCAGCGGGUGUAUGGCCCGCAGCACCAGAGCACCCUGGUGGUCCGGUCGUGGAUCCACUACUUCGGCUGGUAUGUCGAUGAGGACUCGCUGGCGGCCGAGGCGGCCGGCACCUCGUCCGCCCUCGGCACCGGCGGCCCCGGCACCGGCGGCGGCGGCGGCAACGAUCAAACCACCCGCCGCCGGGCGACCCUCAAUGCUGCGGCCGCCACCCGGCCCACCGCUACCGCCACCACGCAGCAGUCGCAGUCGGCCGCCACGACGCCUUCCACCACGGCCGCCGCCCCGGCCAGCGGGAUGCCGAAUGCCGGGUCGGCCACCAGCUCCGUGGCCGCCGGCGCCGGGGGGCCUGCCACCGGCUCCGGCUCCGGCUCCGGCUCCCGGGUCGUCGCGGCCAGUGCCACCGCCAGCAGCAGCCCCGCCGGGGGGGGGCCCCAGGCACCCGGGGCCUCGCGUGUGGUUCUCACCGCGGCCGGGUCCCCGGCCACUCCGGCCGACGUCGCAGCCGCCACAACCUCCUCCUCGUCCUUGACCUCUCCCUCGCACCAGAUCCCCGCGUCAACCGCCGGGUCCAGUGUCAGCUCGAUCUUCCCCGGGCUGCGGCGCACCUCGCCAACUGCCACCAGCCCGUCCAUCGGCAACAGCGGCAGCGGCAGCAGCAGCAGCAGCAGCAGCGGCAGCGGCAGCAGCAACAGUGCCACCCAGCCGGGCCACAGGGCGGCCUUCGCCCCGUACCCGGCCGCCGGAUCGAGCAGCGCCCACGGGGGGGCCCCGCUGACCACGCAGCAGCAGCCGCCGUCUCAGGCAAAUGCCCGGUCGGCCCCAACGACGACGCACCUGGCCGGUGGCGGCGUCGCGGCCAUGGUCCUGGACCCGCCGACUGGCGGCGACGCCCUCGGCGGGCCGGUCACCUCGGCCUCCAGCGGUAGCCGGCUGUCCGGCCUCUGGUCUGCAGCCACUCGCUCAUCCAUUGUCAGCAGCAUCACCAGUGCCAGCAGCAGCAGCGCCUCCAACGGGCGCUCUGGCGGCAGUAGCAGCACCUCGCCUCUGAACGCCACGGCCACCGAGCAGCAGCAGCAGCAGCAACAGCUCCAUCUCCAAGCCCAGCAGGCUACGCUAUUGCAGCAGCAGCAGCAGCAGCAGCAUGCGGCGACCGCCGCUGGUCGCCAGCCCGGAGCCGGGUCCGGCAGCAGCAACCACAGCAGCCCCUUCAGUAGAACGUCCUCCGUGGACCCGGCCUUCAGCGGUGCCGGUGGUGGGUCCUCGGGCCACACGGCCUCGGCGGCUUCCUCGGCCGCCACCGCCGACGACCGGCGGUCCUCCACACGGCGCCCGUCCUUCUCGCGCUCGGCGCGCAGCUCCCGCUCCCAGUAAUGUGACCCUGCGCCCUGUCCCUGCGCGUCCGCACAUGGGCGUGGGCAUGUGAGGGGGAGAGAGCGAGCGAGGGAA